AGGUAUACUUUCUUCCUCUUUUUUUUGGUCUAGUCGAUGGAUGGCUGUUUGUCUGCUUGGUGCGAUUUCUGUUCUGACGUUGGUUUAUACACAAGAUUUGGUCAGGAAGCAAGACAGUUUUCAAGUUCCGUCGAAGGUUCAAAAUAGAAACAUUUCAGGAAAUGACGUCAUUAGAAAAACGCGUGUACUUUGCCUUAUUCUUACAUCCGCUUCCGGUCAAACAAAAAUGGCAGCUGUAAAAGCGACAUGGGCUAAGCGAUGCCAUAAGUAUCUCUUUAUUUACGGUCAAACCGAAGUUUCACAAAAAGAUGAAUCUUUUUUAUACGUUCCGGUUCAAGAGGGGCGAUCCCACUUGACUGCAAAAGUGCGACAUGCUCUUGAAUAUGCCUACCAAACAUACAAGGACAGUUUUGAUUGGAUACUGAAAAGCGACGACGAUACUUACGUCAUAAUUGAAAAUCUGCUUUACCUUCUUUCGCACGCGGAUUCUAGCAAGCCCGGGUACCUUGGAUUUCAUAUGAAGACAAAGAAAACAUCGCGAACUGGAUAUAUGAGUGGUGGUGGUGGAUACGUCAUCAGUUCACGUGGACUUCAUCAGUUAAUUCACGUUGGAUUUCAAGACGCCGACUGUAGACAAGAUGGCGGCGAUGAAGAUGUUGAAAUAGGAUUAUGCUUGACUAAAUCAAAUGUUUCUGUUUUAAACUCUUUGGAUUCUGAUGGACGUCAAACAUUCCAUCCGGAAUCGUUGUUACGGCAUUUAUACCCGCCAUAUCCAAAAUGGCUGCAAAGUUAUUCAUGGAACCAAGAUUCUGCUAACUUUGGUUCGGAAUGCUGUAGCAAGUAUUCGGUCAGUUUUCAUCAUAUUUCAGUAGAUAUGCUUUACAUGAUAGAUCAUCUUUUAUACAAAACUAAAGUGUAUGACUUUCAAAAGGUAAAUGAUAAUGACAAGCGGUCAGUGUUUAAUCCGCACGUCGUAAAUCCUGCUUAUAAGUAAUUUCGUCUCAUCGUAACUUUCCAGUCUUUUCAGUAAUAAUACCGGUACUUUGGUAAAAUAUUAACCAGUAUUCGAUUGUAUAUUACGGAAAGGACUGAAAAUUUCAACUCUAGCUAUGCAAACUAUCAACAUUAUUCAGAGAAUGUGCAAAUAAUAUGUUUUCUUAAUUUUAUUGUAUUCUAAACAUCAUUUGUGUUAAUAGUAAAGACUGUUUUGCGAAUUACUUUUAAUCUGGACAUGCCAUUUGACACUAUAUUAUAUCAAAUAUGUGAUAAAUAAACUUAAUAAUAGCUGG